AUGGGCAAUUGGGCACAGGAAGACAGUAUGUCCGGGCCUGAGCACUCGGCCAUGCGACGAUUUCACGCCGCGCCGCCCCCAGACCCACAACCCGCAACAGCUGUGACACCCAAAGGCAUCAGUGUUUUAUCUCGCUCCGUGUUACACACGACGGGCGGUGCGGACAGCGGCUCCGGCGGCUCUGGAAUGGAGUGCAUGCAGAUACGCUCGCAGCCGGGUCCGUUCCACUACCUCAUAUCGGAGCAGGCUAAGUCGCUCGUCGCCUUGCAGGAGCUCCAGAAUGAGGUGGGGGCGCUGCUCGAGUUCCGCGACCUCGUCAUCGAGACGUUCCCCAACCUGCGCUCCAAGAUGGCGCCCUCUGCGCCGGCCGGCGGCGCGCGCCGCGACUGGGAGCCGGGCGUGCGCGUGCGCAGGAAGCUGGCCGGCGCGGGCGGCGACAGCGCCAGGGCCAAGCCCCAGCCCUCCGUUCAGGACUCGGGCUUCAGCACGGAGACGUCGUGCGGCAAGGACGCGCACUCGUCCGCGUCCGCCUCCGCGGGCGCGUCGCGGCAGCGGCCCCUCGAGGACGAGCUCUGGGCGCUCCUGGACACGAUCCAGCGGAAGGGGGUGCGGGUGCGCGACGAGGCGGAGCUGCUGCGCGGCGAACUGGACGAGAGGGGCGGCUCAGGGGCCGGGUCCGGGUCCGGUACGGCGGAGGAGUCGUUCGCGCGCGCCCUCUCCGAGGGGUGCGGCGAGUGCGCGGACUUAGCGCGGCUGCGGGCCGAGCGAGACGCGCUCCUGACGCGGGCCGCGCAGCUCGAGGCGGCGGCGGCCCUGACGCCCCCCUCCCCCGCCCCCGGCCCCGCCACGGCCGCGCCCCUCGGCCGGCUGGACGCGACGCUCGAGACGCCGACGCGGCCCCCCCUAGUGCCGAGCCCCGACUCGAGGAAGUUCGCGGCGAUUCUCCGCGAGAGCAAUCCCGUCGAACUUCAGAGGCAGCUGCUCACGUCGACGGUGCAGAAUCAGGUGUAUUGCGACCAGCUGAGACGUGCGGCAGAGCAAAAGACUCUUCUCCUGGAAAGACUCGAGCGCGCCACGGAGAUUAAUGAUGACCUCAAAUUCAGACUCGAGGAGCAGGGCGUCGAGCUGGAGGCGGCGAGGGCGCGCCUCCGCGAGCUCGACGCGCGGCGCUGCGCCGGCGACAGCCUCGAGAGGAGCCGCGACGCGCACAGCAGCAUGCGCGACAUGGAGCCGCUGCACAUGCCCGAGAGCGAGACGCCGCGCCGCCGCCCCAGCCGCAUACCGCUGCACACCGCCAACAAGGGCGCCGCCCCGCGCCCCCCCUCCGCCCACUCGGCGCGCUCGGCGCGCUCGGCGUGCUCGGCGAGGGCGCCCCGCGCGCCCCGCGACGCCCCCGCGCCCCGCAAGGAGGCCAAGCCCCCCCCGACGCUGCGCCGCUCGCCCCCCAACGAAAAGGUUCGCUCCAGGUCGUUCUGGAACACGAUAUUCCUGUUCAAGGACUCG